AUGGUGAAACACGCGCUGAGCUUACAGCAGCUGGGACUUUGGGGCCUUAUAGCCGCAUCAGGUGCUUCAGCCCAGGCGACACCAUGGGAGCCAUACAUCCUGAGCCCGUCUUCGCGUACGGUUCGUCCCGUCAACGUUUCGGUCGUGGGCGGGAAUCAUGAGAUUUCGUCCGAUGCGGAAGGGUACGUCUUGUCCCUCGACACGGGGGCGCAGGCUAGCCUGGACUUCGGCGUCGAAGUCGGUGGACUCAUUACCUUGAGUAUCACGACCUCGGGGGACACGUCCGAAGGUCCCCAGCUGUCCCUGGCAUUUGCCGAGUCUCCCGCACAUGUUGGGCCAAUAUCGGACGAUGCGACUGGCUCAAUAGCCUCACAGGACUGGGACAGGGAGCUCAACGUCACCGUUGACGCUGGAAAUGCGGUCAUUUACACAAUGCCCCAGGAGAGGUUCAGGGGCGGGUACCGCUUCAUGACCAUUGUUGCAAAGGCGCCGGUGACCAUAUCCAACAUCACCUGUGCAAUUGGCUUUUCACCGUCACAGGAGGACCUGCGGGAUUACUCUGGCUACUUUUACGCGCCCGGCCAAGACCUUCUGUCCAGGAUCUGGUAUGCAGCAGCUUAUACCGCUCAGACCAACAUUGGGCCAGUAAACACGGGCCGUCACCUGCCGCAGAUCCAGCCUGGUUGGGCAUACAACUCCAGCACCGGGGUCGCAGGGCCGGUGCUGAUGGACGGAGCCAAGCGGGAUCGUGCAGUAUGGCCGGGCGACCAUGGCAUCUCGGGCCAGAGCGCCUUCCUGGCGCUCGGCGACGUCGGCCUUGAAGCGUUCAACAACUCGCUCGAGACCAUGUUCUACUACCAGAACGUGAGCGGCCGGUUCCCUUAUGCUGGGCCAUCGACGCGAUCUUUCAACUCGGGCAAGGAGAGCGAUACUUAUCACGCCUGGAAUCUCAUCGCCAUCUCCCAUUAUGCUGCUUUUACCGGAGACGAGGAGUGGGUGGAGCGGCAUUGGGCUAAUAUCACGCACGGUGUGGGAUACAUUCUCAACGGGAUCGACGAAGACGUCGGCCUCCACAAUCAGGUCGGAGCCAACGACUGGGGCCGCCAGGGUACUGGCGAAUUCAACAGUGCUCUAAAUGCCCUCGACUAUGGUGCACUGAUUUCAAUCUCGUCUCUCGCCAGGGCCCUGAACAAACUAGCUGAGGCAGAUGCAUGGAGCACCGCUGCAGAGGGCAUCAAGGAGGCGUACAACAAACACCUUUGGGAUGCGGACUCAUCACUGUACACCGACAACACAACAACAUCGCUCCACCCCCAAGAUGGCAACGCGAUGGCCCUUUUCUUCAACCUCACACAGGACACCGCGCAGGCCGAGGCCGUCAGCAAAGCCCUCGAGACCAACUGGAAUGAGUUCGGCCCCGUGACACCGGAACUGCCCGACGUCAUCUCCCCGUUCAUCUCAGGCGUCGAGGUGCUCGGCCACUUCGCAGCAGGCCAGCCGGACCGCGCCCUGGAGCUGACAGAGCGGCUGUGGGGGUACCUGCUCGACUCGCCCGAGAUGACAGGCAGCACCUUCGCCGAGGGCCUCGCGGCCAACGGCAGCCUGUACUACCGCGGCGCGUCGGGCUACAACUACGACGCGGCCUACACCAGCAUGAGCCACAGCUGGUCGACCGGGCCCCUGGUCGCGCUUACCACCAAGCUCGCGGGGCUGGAGCUCUCGGGCUGGUUCAGGUGGACGUUUGCGCCGCGGCCGGGCGGUGGGGUGAGCGAGGUGCAGAGCGGGUUCACGAGCCCCUUUGGCGAGUUCAGCGUCAGCUGGAAGCUGGACCAGGGUACGUUCACUGCCAAUGUGUCUGUUCCUGAGACUACUACAUACAAAAUUUCGCAAAGCUGGUUCAAGGUAGGAGAAGGGCACAUGUGA